UUUUGCACCCCGGGCCGGCCUUGCCUUGCCUUGCCGAGCGUGGUCUCCGGGGCCGGGCGCCGGGUUGCAUGGGCGGCCGCCCCGCCCCGCUCGCUCGCCCGGCAUGAGCAUCUCCAUCCCGGAGGGGCUGCGGGAGCUGCUGCAGAGCUUCACCCUGGAGGUGCUGCGGAGCCAACCGGCCGACCUGCUCGACUUCGCCCUCCGCUACUUCCAGCGCCUCAAGGCCGAGGCCGGAGGAGGAGGAGGAGGCGCCCGUUGCAACGCCGGACCCGAGCGGGGGAGCCGCCCGCAGCUCGACGGCGCCCCCGCCGAGGCCCGCGGGGUCAACUUCUCGCCUCAGCCGCUGCAGCAGCAGCACAGCCCCUCCGACAGCAGCCCCGAGGAGGAGGAGGAGGAGGAGGAGGAAGAGGAGGAGGAGGAGGAGGAAUUCGCCGCUCCAGUGAUUAACCGGUUCACGAGACGAGCGUCAGUGUGUGCAGAAGCUUAUAAUCCCGAUGAAGAAGAAGACGAUACUGAAUUGAGGGUUAUUCACCCUAAAACGGAUGAUCAAAGAAACCGGCUGCAGGAAGCUUGCAAAGACAUUCUCUUAUUUAAGAAUUUAGACCAGGAACAGAUGUCUCAGGUCCUGGAUGCCAUGUUUGAAAAGCUGGUUGACGGAGGAGAGCACGUCAUUGAUCAAGGAGAUGACGGGGACAACUUCUAUGUAAUUGAUCAAGGGACCUACAAUAUUGUUGUGAAAUGCGACGGUGUCGGAAGAUGCGUUGGCACCUACGACAACCGAGGGAGUUUUGGUGAAUUGGCUUUAAUGUACAACACACCCCGAGCGGCUACUAUCGUUGCUACUUCUCCUGGCACCAUUUGGGGUUUGGACAGAGUAACGUUUCGAAGGAUCAUUGUGAAAAACAACGCGAAAAAGAGAAGAAUGUAUGAAAAUUUCAUUGAGUCGUUGCCCUUCCUUAAAUCUUUAGAACUUUCUGAACGUUUGAAAGUGGUGGACGUCAUAGGUACCAAAAUAUAUAAAGACGGGGAACAAAUAAUAGCUCAGGGAGACACGGCUGACAGUUUCUAUAUUGUCGAAUCCGGAGAAGUGAAAAUUACGAUGAAAAGAAAGGGCAAACAAGACAUAGAUGGAAACGAAGCAGUGGAAAUCGCCCGCUAUACCAGAGGGCAGUAUUUUGGCGAAUUGGCGCUUGUAACGAACAAACCUCGAGCUGCCUCGGCCUUCGCGCUUGGCACCGUCAAGUGCUUAAUUAUGGAUGUACAAGCUUUUGAAAGGCUAUUGGGACCUUGCAUGGAAAUUAUGAAAAGGAACAUCGCGAACUAUGAAGAGCAACUGGUGGCUCUCUUUGGAACAAACAUGGAUAUUUCUGAGCCCAGCGCAUGAAGUACGGGAGCCAUACAACCUGUGUAUGACAAAUAGCACACUCUGAUCAUUUUAUUGAAGAACGAACAAGUAUUGAAGACUCCAGCAUAUCGUCGGAUGAGGGAGAACAUUUUUACUUUCUUUUUCAUCCUGUUAACAUCCUUGAUUCCGUCUCAUUAUUUCUUUCUGAACCCCAAAGGAUUGAAAAGGCCUUGAAAGUUUUGUUUUAUCAUUUUCUAGAUCCCCGGCCCCAUUGUUACAUAUCCUUUUCAGAUGGAAUCUGAGCUACGGGACAUGUAGAAAUAAACAUUACAGACAUAAACCAGAUAAAAUAUUCUCGGUCCUAUUUUAUUUAAGCCAUCCCACAUAAGAUUUAGGUGGUGUGUGUUUUUUUUUUUAAUGGUCAAACACAAUUCAUACGUGAAUAAUGUUAUCAUUUCUGUGCCAAUGAGCAAUAAGUUUUGAUGUGUUUUUGUUUAGAUGGGUUUAAAUAACAUCCAAACUUCCUUUGAGCAUUCCUUUCCAACUUCCUUCUAACACUUUUAAAGAGUCUAGUAUAGGCUCUUUAAAGUUCAUUGCUCUAAAAAUAAAUGAAGCUGCAUUAGGCAUAAUGUGCCCUUUAAAUUCUCCAUUAUGUUUUGACUUUAAUAGCUCAAAUGACUUUGCACUUUGCCGUGUUCUUGCAAAGAAGUCAAGUUUCUCCCGAUUGCUAACUC